CCAGCGUUACCCUGGAACAGGUAGGAUGAUGGACGGCAAAAGACACAGUUAUCACUUUUGGCUCCUGCUUGGCCUCACUGUCACGUUCCUGGGAGUCCUUGCGGUAUCCUUUCUCCGCAUGAACAACAGUGCCGACUUUUGGAUUCCAUGGCUAAGGGUAUCACAUAUAUCAUGCGAUUCAGGAGCUCUUGGUCCCUAUUUAGAGACAUUUUCCUAUCAUCGAUCUGAAUCAGAGGUGGCGUCUCCGGAUCCCUUCUCUGCCAAAUGGAUGGACAGCAGUAGUACUGGGUUCGUUCAGAUACACGAGGCCGGUGGGAAGACAAAGCACUACGGGGUGUCGAUGUUUCAUCAACUGCACUGUCUAGAAAGCCUGAAGAUGGCCCUUAAGCACGAGUCGCACCAUACAAGGUACUGGGAGAGAAGAGGGGAGGGCGAGGGCGAGGGCGAGGAUCAUUUAGAGCAUUGCCUUCAGUAUCUCGAGCAGGCGAUUAUGUGCGCAGCAGAUGACACCAUCGAGCCAUCCUUUGUCGCUGAGUUACCCACGGGUGAAAAGGCUCGAAUUAUCAAUGGCGACGGCGUUGUGCAUCGGUGUAGAAAUUUUGACGAGGUCCAACAAGCUAUGAUACUCAGCGAAAAAAAUCCGUUAGUUUUGCAGAGACGAUUAGGGGAAGGAGAUACCUUGCGUAUGAUUAUGGAUUCGGUGCGUUGA